GGAGAGAGUUGUACUCGUUACAACUUCAUUUUAGGAUAAACUUGCCUGAACUCCGUGGUAAUUCAUCCGCAGCACGAGACAUAUUUCUCAAGGUUUGAUCAAUCUGGACCAAAUGUGCCGGCAUAACUGAGACUGUGACUUUCACAAUGGAUGACUCAGAGGGGGAAGAGGAUUUCUUUGAUGCACAAGAUUCCCUCCUUAAGCCUCACAGUGAUGAAGGAGACUCCUCUGCCUCGCUGCAGGCUGACUAUGUUCCUCCUCCAGAAGUAACAGUCCUCCAUGUUGGCAGUGAGACAGUUUCUCUUGAGUUUGAAAGCAGCUCUUCCUCCGUUAGAUACAAGCUUCAUGUAGAUUACAGCUGUAACACACAGAGAGGCAGCGUGGACACUGACGACAGUGACAGCGUAGAGAUUAAGGGAUUAAACCCCGGGACUGAGUAUACUUUCAACAUCAAAAGGAUAUCAGAAAAUGGAACUGAAAGCAAAGCCACCUCUCUGUCUGUAUUUACAGAACCAGUUUUUCCUACUGGGAUAACAGUCUCUAACAUCACCAGUGAGUCACUGUCUCUGCAAUGGGAUCCUCCAGCUGGUGAAGUGGAGUCUUGCAUUGUGACCUGCUGCAGUGGAGGAGAAACUGUGGAAGAGAAGACAACAAACACAAACCGUGUUACGUUCAGCAGCCUGAAGCCAGGAGUGUCUUAUUCCCUCCAUGUUUCUGCAAAACUGAGAAACCGAACUACAAGCACCUCAGCUUCAAUAACUGUCAAAACAAAGACCAAACUGGAAAGCCUUUUGGAGGAUCUGGGGUUGACUCCGUACUACAGAGAGAAACUAACACUCAGCAAGAUCCUGGAGAUUGAUGAGAAGACCAUCACUGAUGUUCCUGUCAAGAGUAAAUCAGAUCUUCCAUGGUAUUUUCUAAAGAAACUGAUGAUGGUUAAUGUAACAGCUAGAAAUAUGAAGGGUUCAUCAACUUGUGAGUCAACGUAUGAUGAUUCAUCAGGGACUGAGUUAGAUUUCAGUGAUAUACUUGACAGUCCAAACACAGAUGAUACACUAAACCCUCUCGACAUAAUCACUGCUCUCUUUCUGUGUUCAGAUGCUUUUGUACAACAAGAAAUGGCACUAAAAAUGUCGAUGUGUCAGUUCGCUGUGCCUCUGCUGCUUCCCAGCUUUAAUACAGAACAGUGUACACUCAUGUUGUGGGCCAUGAGAGACAUUGUCAAGAAGUACAGACCUCCAGCUCUUUCACAAUCCAAGGGUUUCAUUGAAGAGAAAAUAGUUGAUUCUCAAGUUCCAAUGAUCUCUUUUGUGAGACUUGGUGACUGCUCGUUGUCAAAGUCAGAGAUCCUCAAUAAGCUUCUCAGCAAUUCUCAGCAGUACCACGACACCUUUGUUCACCACAACAUGGAGGGUGGUGACAGUCCAAAAAGAAUAUCCAACGGACUGACAGAAAUCACCUGGUACCUUCCGGGUGGGAACAGAAACAUGAAUCAUUUUAAUCAACCAGUGGCUGUUGCUAAUCUUCAUGGGGACAUUGCUUCAUUUGAAACACAAUACUCCUUUCUGUGUCAGACAUCUGCAGCAGUUUUUCUGUUCUUUGACCAUUUGGACUCUGAGUGCAAAAUUCUCUCAAAUCAAAACCAGAAGGCUCAGAUCUUCUUGGUGGGAAACAGUGAGAGCAAGAACUUCAGCUCAAAUGCUCUUAAAAGUGUAGCUACCAAAUUGGGCUUGACGAAAAACAACAUCAUUAUUAAGACAAAAGAGAAAAACGAUGCAGAUUUUAUCAAAUAUCUGAGGAAGAAAGUGAGUGAUGUAAUUGAAAACCCACAGAUUAAGGUGCCAAUAGCAAAUAUGGCUGACAUUGCUCAUGAACUGGGAAUCCUGGUUGAUGAAGAUUGUCCAGAGUGUCAGGCUGGAAAGAAGAGUGCAGAUGCCAUCACUGAAGAAAUUCAAGACCUUCGUCAGUAUAAAGAACAACAACUUCCUUUGCAAGGCCAAAUAUGGAAAGAACUCACUGGCUUAGAAAAAGAGGAAUUUCGUCUUCACAAAGUUGGAUCUAAGAAUAUCGAAAUCUACAAAAGUGACCUACAAGAACAGAAGAAAAAGUUGAGAAAAAAGCAGAACUCUUUUAAUCUGUCCCCAGCAAUGACAUGCUUCAUCAAUGAAAUAUCCAGACCAGAAAUAGAAAGGUGUUAUUUCCUGAAAUGGAUGCGAAUGAACCUUGAUAACAUCUCUCGUUUAAAACUCUCUGCACUAAGAGAGCUGUACAAGGAAAAGUGCAAAGAUUCUGCAAACAAAGAUGAGGUGAAAGAAAUUGACAGACAACUUUCCAACAGCUCUCUGGGGACUGAACAUUUCUUCCGUGAAAUGGGUCAGAUCUAUGAAGCUUCCCUCUCACUUCCAGAAAAACAUGCAUCACGUAAAAAACUGCAACAUCUGCCCAAACUCUGUGGACAGUUGCUGCUUGAUGGGUUUCCUCUUGAACUUGUUGAUGGAGAUGCAUCCAACAUACCUCUGAGAUGGGUGAGUGACGUUCUCACUCAGCUGAAUCUCUUGGUGUCUCCAAAGAACAAAAUACGGGUAGUUACAGUUCUUGGAGUUCAGAGCACUGGAAAGUCCACUCUCCUGAACACCAUGUUUGGAGUGCAGUUUGCAGUCAGCAGUGGUCGAUGUACUCGGGGUGCCUUCAUGCUGCUCAUCAGACUCAAUGAAGAAAUCAAAGGAGAAUUUGGCUGUGACUUCAUGGUGAUCAUUGACACAGAGGGCUUAAAGUCACCAGAACUUGCUCAGCUGGACAACAGCUAUCAGCAUGACAAUGAGCUUGCAACGCUUGUGGUGGGGCUGAGUGAUAUCACCAUUAUCAAUAUUGCAAUGGAGAAUUCAACUGAAAUGAAGGACAUUCUGCAAAUAGUGGUUCAUGCUUUCCUCCGAAUGAAGGAGGUGGGCAAAAAACCAAAAUGUCAGUUUGUUCAUCAAAAUGUUCCUGAUGUUUCUGCUCAUGAGAAGAACCUGCGAGACAGAAAACUGCUCCUGGAGCAGUUAAAUGAGAUGACCCAAGCAGCAGCCAAAAUGGAAAAGAGAGAGGAGAACAAAAGCUUCACUGAUGUGAUAAAGUACAGUCCAGACACUGGGAACUGCUACGUUCCUGGACUCUGGAAUGGAAACCCACCAAUGGCACCAGUCAAUGAGGGAUACAGCGAGACUUUAUACGAGCUCAAGAAGAACAUCAUACAACAACUGAGAGAGUGUGUAUCAUCUGAUAAUCAUUUGUUGGGGUUUAAAGAGUGGAUGACCAGUCUGUGGAAAGCUGUGAAGCACGAAAACUUCAUCUUCAGCUUCAGAAACAGCCUUGUAGCUGACGCAUACAUUAAGCUCUGCACAGAGUUCAACAGAUGGGAGUGGGAAUUCAAGAAAGCUAUGUACAGUUGGAUUAGCAACGCAGAAACAAAGAUUUCCAACUUUGGUACAGUUGCAGCAAAGUCUCAAAUAUCUGAUAUGGAAGAAUUCCUCACUCAGUUAAAACAUGAAGCUACCACAGAGCUGUCUAAAUGGGAGAAGAAGCUCCUUGACAAUCUGGAGGAAUACUUCAAGCAGAGAGAUGGACAUGCCUAUCUGGUUGAAGGACACAAAGAGGAAUUUAAAAACAGUGCAAAGAGCCUUCGUCGAGAAUUGGAAAAUUCUGUUGUAAAUCAGCUCACAGCAGCAGCUGAUAUCAGACGGGGAAUGAAAGAAGUCGAAAAUAUCAAGGAGAACCACACAAAAGAAAUAGAAAAGGCAGUGAGUGAAUUAAUUACUGAGUGUCGAAAGAAAAAUGUCCAAAUGACAGAUGGAGAGUUAGAAAAAGAGUUUGAUAAGAUGUGGAGUGAAACACUGAGGAAGAUGUCUUUCUCUGAACUACAACGCAUAGAUGUCUUCACAGAUGUGAGCCACUAUCUGAGAGAAAAUGUUAAAAAUAAAGGGAGUCAUGCAUGUGAAAUCCUGAGUGGAAAAAGCCUCGAAAAGUGUGGGUUGGCAGCUUUCAAAUACAAACCUGAAGGAUGGGGUGAAACAGUAAAAAACAAAUUCAAGGGUUGGUUUAAUCUUCAAGAUCCUGUAAAACCCAGACCAAAAGGGGCUGACAUCAUAGCUGCUUGCCAAGACUCUGUAACAAACAAAAAGAAAAGAAAAACCAACUACCACAAUACCUACAUUCAGGAGAUCCUUCGCAUCAUUGAUGAAAUGUUGAAAAAGGCUGAUGUUAACACAGACAUUGAGUUUGAAGUUUCUCUAAAGCAGCACAUCUGUGCAGAUGCAGCCAGAAACUUUCAGAGAAUGCAAGAAGACUUCAUACAAGCAAAUGACCCCAAGAUCCUUCUGGAUAAAAACAAGAAAAAGUUCUGCGCAGAUUUCAAAGAUGUUUUCCACAAACGAGACCAGUGCCAGAAGAAGGCUGAAGAGUUCACAGAACAAUGUCUGAAACCUGCUGUUGAAGACUUUGUCUACCGUUGUCUGGGUCCGAAUAUCACCGAAGAAAUGAUGAGAAGUAAAGCGUUCAGCACACGAACCUCCUUCCAGGGUUCAGUUCUGCUGGAUUUGCUGUCAAAGGAAGACUUCAACAGCUAUCUGAGCUUCACUUCCAAGUAUGAGGAUUAUGUAAAAACAUGGAUACUUGAACAAAUAAAGGAGCACUUCUCAGAUGCAUCUAAAACAUCUGGGUAUGAGGAACAACAUCUCAAGUUGAGCAUCAAAAAUAUUAAGGACGCCAUGGAAAAGGCCAAAUCAGAGACGAGUGCUGACCUGAAGACAUUUGUUGAACACAUCUGCAAAGAACUUGGUGAUAAACUGGUCAUUUCCCAGGAUGCUCUUGGUGCCUUCAUGAUCCUGAACAACGCUGACCAGGAGCAGUUUGCUGGUUGGUUAACUGAGUCUGUGGAGAAGAUGGAAGAAACUCUCAAGAAGAAGUUUAAAGACACAACCUUUGAGAGAAAACUAGAACAUCUCUGUGUGAAUCCUCAGACUGAGCUUUUCAACAGAGUGGUUGGUUGUGGGAAACAGUGUCCGUUCUGUCAAGUUCCCUGUGAAGCAGGAGGAGGCAAACAUAAAGAUCACUUUGCUUCCCUGCAUCGACCAAGAGGUCUGGGUAGAUACAGGUGGGAAAGAUCAGAAAUACUUGUAACUGACAUUUGCACAUCUGCUGUGAUCAGUGAAAACGCCUUUCGCUGCAGCGCCACUAAAUACGAGUGGCAUCCUUACAAGUCUUACAGGGAAAUCUUCCCAGACUGGCACAUCCCUCCUGAUGGGAGUCUUGAGGCAUCAGACUUCUGGAAAUAUGUGAUGUACAAGUACAACAGGGACUUUGCUGAAGCAUAUAAGGCAAAGCCAGCUGACAUUCCUAGAUCUUGGAAGAAAAUUACAAAAAAACAGGCAGAAACAAGCCUAAAAAACUCAUUUAACAUCAGCUGAGACUGAUUAUAUUCAACCUCACUUUCUUGGAUGGUGCAAGUGAGCCUUCCACUCUGGAUGCUGUAUCUUUUUAAUGUUCUUAAAGUUUCUUUAUUAACAACUUCAAGUUUGAUAACAUAUAUAGAUCGGAAAUCAAAAAGGUUUAGAAAUACUGACAUGGUAAAACUGAUCGAUGUGGUUUUCUUUUAUCUGCAUUUGCUUAUAACAAUAAAAAGUCCUCUGAUUUACUUUUUUGUGCAACUAUUUCUUGUCAUUAAAUCAUUUCUUACAUUCUUACAACAUUUACCAAAUCAAAGUAAAGAUUUUCUUUAGUUUGUAAAUGUUGAAUGACAAGUUUUAUUUUUACUUUUUGUUAAAAACAUUGAGUUUAUUCUUCUUUUUGAUCACUUUGGGAGCAGCAGAGGUUAUAAAAGUAAACAAGAUAUUUACUCAGUUACAUCUGAAAUUACUGACUGAAAUGAAAUUUUUGUUUUAAUACAAAUCUCACAUUAUAAAAUAAGUUGAAUGCUUUUCUGAUUUCUCAUUCCCGAAUGUAAAGCAUUACGAUCGUGACUGUACUUUUUGGCAUAAUUGCAUAUGCUUUCUUUUUAUCUUUUCUUUUUUUUUCGCUUUCAAAGUACAACAACCACGUUGCUGAAGUACAUCCUUAAAAAGGACUUUACAGUAUUUUUGAGAAAUAUCAAAGAAAAUGUUCAAGAGUAAACAAUGAUCAUUGCAUUGAUCACUUGUGAAUAUUUUACUCUUAUUUGAUUUGUCAUAAUGUUAAAGAAAAUCUCUAAAUGUGUGUGUUAAGUACGUGGAUACUUAAUCAUCAGAAGUAAAUAACUAGUUAGUGUUCACCUUUACUUGUGUGUAAUGUGACUAAUAAAGGUUUAUGCUUUCAGUCUAACUUGUGCAUUAAAAAUAAAU